AUGGCUCAGCAGAUCCUCGACCCUCCGACGGACGACUUUUUUGACGAGGACCGCAAGAUUGUCGAACACCUGCUUGCCGAGCUAGGCAUCAGCUUCAAGAAGAGGAAUGAGGCUCGCAGUAGGCCCGAAGUCAACCCCAGCGACGCUGUGAAUUUCAGCCCGCCUAGGCUACACCAGAGCAGGGCUCAGGCCCUCCAGCGCAUCCGGAAGUGGGUUAAAAUGAAGUUAAUGCUGAGUCAGACUGCAAUCGUCUACGACAGUGGCCUGGCCUUCGAGAGAAUGGACAAGGACUUCUUGUGCAGCAUCUCACGAUAUUUCAACAAUGCGCUCAAUGGACCCUUCAUGGAAGCCACUACCCGCAUCAUUCGUCUUCGCCACGAUUUCCCUUGGGCGGUCUACGCCAUGCUCGACUUCCUCAGGAAUGGCAGCUACUAUAUGUACCCAGUUCUUCAACAGCAAUAUCCGCGCAUCACGAUGCUAGACCUGCACGUGCACUGCUACAUCGUCGCGGACAAAUACGAUAUUCCUGCGCUGGCCAAUUACGCUGCGGUAAACUAUCUUAGGAUCGUAGCCGACGUUCUCGCGCUGGACUGGAAGUUCGACGAUCCCGACUUCUACGACGAAUCUGAGAAUCUGCCAUGCGUCAACUACCAUUAUUGGGAUAUGUGUGCUGCCGCUGAAGUCAGCCGCUUCCUCGAUUCGGUCGUGCUUCUGUGGAGGAACACGGCUAGCAGUCAUGAUGCCUUGCGCAAGGUUGUGCUGGAGAUGAUCAUGGCUUGCUUCAUCAAGCUUAUGCGGCUCAAAUCCUUUCAGUUCGUGUUCCACACCUUCAAGGAAUUCCGUUGGGAUCUGGCGGAGAGUUUUGGCGAGGACGGCUUGGAGAUGUCCGGUAGGAAGAGGAAGGAGAACGGAUACAAUUCCAGGACAUCUACGCCCACCCCUCUCCUAAAGCCCAUCCCCACCCCAGAAACCACCCCAGGCAGCGCCCUCAUCAAAGUCACCGUCGCCCCUGUCCUAUCCUACGCCCGCGAAGUCUACAACGGCACCCGCAAGUACCCCUACACCGCGCCCAUCGUCCCAGGCACAAGCUGCAUCGGGCGCGUCGCCGCUCUAGGCCGCGACUCGACCUCCCUGAAGGUCGGGCAAUUGGUUUACGCAGACGCUACUAUCCACUCGCGGGAUAACCCCGAUGAUAUAAUUCUGCAUGGCCUUACGGCGGGGGCGUCGACCGGGAGCAAGAAGUUGAUGGAGGAGGUGUGGCGUGAUGGGACGUAUGGGGAGUAUACGCUUGUGCCGCUGGAGAGCGUGUUUGCGCUGGACGAGAAGCGCAUGAAGGAGCUGGGGUAUGGCGAGGAGGAGCUUGCUACGAUGACGAAGUAUCUGUGUGUCGGGGGGCUGCGGGAUAUCAAUCUGCAGGCUGGCGAGACGAUUGUGGUGGCGCCGGCGACGGGGGCGUUUGGCGGGGCGGCGGUCGCGUGCAGCGUGGCGAUGGGCGCGAGUGUGGUUGCCAUGGGGCGCAAUGCGGACAGCCUGGCGAGGCUGGAAGAGACGUUUCCGAGGGUCAAGACGGUGCGGAUUACGGAGAGCGUGGAGGAUGAUGUAGCUGCGUUGCAAGCUGCGGCUGGGGGGAGGGCAAUCGAUGCUGUCUUCGAGGUGUCGCCGCCGCAGGCUGCAAAGUCUACGCAUGUCAAGAGCUGCAUACUGGCUUUGAAGAGGGGCGGGAGGAUGAGUUUGAUGGGUGGGAUCCAGGAGGAUUAUCCAAUCCCGCUGAGGCAGGUUAUGCGGAAGAACUUGACGUUGAGAGGGACGUGGAUGUAUAAUCGGGAGCAGGUGCUUGCGCUAAUCAAGAUGGUGGAGACUGGGAUAUUGAAGCUCGGAAAGCAGGGCGGUAUGAGGGAUAUGACUGUUUUCGGGUUUGCCCAGUGGGAGAAGGCAUUCGAUCACGCGUCUGAUAAUGCAGGGUGGGCUACCACGGUCUUGAUGCGGCCUUGA